UCAGAUUGAGCAGCAAUGAAGUUUUAUGUCCUCUGUUUUCUCCUGCUUCUGGCAUGCAUGUACCCAAGUUUGGCACAAGGUUCUUAUGAAAAUUGUUGCUUAAGGUAUGGUAAUGAGCCUAACAGAAAAGUCAAACGCAAAGUUGUGAGAUUUAGGAUUCAGGAGACUGAUGGAGGAUGCAACAUCCCUGCUGUUGUAUUCACUUUUCGAAAGAAAUCACUCUGUGCUGACCCCAAAAAAGCCUGGGUGCAAGAACUGAUGAAAAGACUAAAAUGAUUUGUUUUAAUUGAAAGUGCUCUGGAAGCCAAGGUGGGAAACAAUUUAUUGAAAUCAUUCCAACUGUUUUCAUCUAUUUGUGUGCUGAUUAUGAUUUUUUUUUUUU